AUGGGCAACGUCAUUGCCUCCGGGGCAAUCGCAUCCAACGUGUGUACGUUCUCGAACGACGUGACGUGGGUGUCGCUGGCGUCCCCCCAACAAGGCAGCCAAGCCGUGAACCUCUUGCAACAGCAAUGUCGCGACGGAGGCUGGAGCAAUAUCCUCAAAGUGCCGCUGUCGUGGGCCGGCUACUGUCCUCCCGCUCACGCGUACCUUUCCCUGCGGCAUCAAUCAACCGUGAACCGUGACAAGCAAGCCGCGUUUGUUGCAGGCCAAUGGGCCAGACGCGAGUAUGUGUCGCAUGCAGCUUGUGGCGUGAGUGGCUUUGGUCUGAAGUCGAUCUAUUCGGAGCCGUUGGCCCUUGUGGACAAAAUGGCGAAGCAUGCCAGUGCCAGCGAUGGCCUCGUGGAUUUCAACAGCUGCUCCGUGGGACUGAACACCAACGAUUUUGGAGGGACUUCGAGCCAGCACUAUGUAGGGCCAUUUAACCAUGCCGACUUGUCCUUCCGCACGGGUGAUGGCUGGUGGGGGGACAAUCGCAAACCGCUCAAGUGGUUCCAGUGUCUGUUGUAA